UUCACGUUUGCCACAAUGCCGCAGUGGACGCCGUCUCAGUACUACACGGACCUCAUGCCAGCCACCGCGGCAGCGAUCGCCCGACGUCCAGCUCCGCAAUCCCCACCGCCUGAGUACGUGGAGCCCGGUGUUUCCAGCCUGGCCGUCACGACGCGGGGAUACGAGCACCUGUAUAAAUUCUUGUUCAUCGGCGACUCAGGAGUCGGGAAGACGUCGGUGAUUUGGCGCUUCUCGGACAAUACGUUUAACGGUGCCUUCAUUCACACGAUUGGUAUAGAUUUCAAAAUCAGAACAAUAGAUUUAGAUGGCAAGAAAAUCAAGCUACAGAUAUGGGACACAGCUGGCCAGGAGCGGUUCCGAACCAUCACCACUGCCUACUACAGGGGGGCAAUGGGGAUCAUGUUGGUUUACGACAUCACAAACAUGAAGUCUUUUGAGAACAUCAGGAAUUGGAUCAGGAAUAUUGAAGAGCAUGCCUCAUCCGACGUAGAAAAGAUGAUCCUGGGGAACAAAUGUGACAUGGAUGACAGAAGGGUGGUCACAAAGGACAAGGGAGAACAGCUCGCAAUAGAAUACGGAAUCAAGUUCAUGGAGACGAGUGCCAAGGCUAGCAUCAAUGUAGAAGAGGCUUUUGUAACCCUAGCGAGGGAUAUCAAGGCGAAAAUGGACAGAAAAUUAGACACGGGAGGCCAAGGGAAGGGUAGCAGUCCUGUUCAGGUCUCAGGAACGACCACACAAAAGAAACGGGAAUGGAAGUUCUGUGCACUCCUGUAAUGUAUAUAGUGUAUUAUCUUACAUUUUUUUAUGCUCGUCCAUGAACAUUUUGUCUGACGCCACACGACUAGCUUCCGCCAAGGCAGUGAACAGUUUGGUGAAGUUUGAAAGGAUGUGUCUUGGUAUCCGUUUUUUGUUUUUGUUUUUUCUUAUUAAAAUCACAAUGGAGCUUAUUGAUGAGGCUGAUCAGAGCGUGUGGAGAUUUUUUUUAGUGGAGCACUGCGGUCCAUCAGUCAUGAAGGAAAAAGUGCCUGUUCGCAUAAGUAUCCAUUUGGAACGACAGAAGGGCCCGAGUCUUGAAUAGCAAGAAUGAACCAACAAGUGAGCCAACUAGAACAGGAGGCAUUGUCAGACGUCUGGCGUUUUACUUGUGCGUCUCUGUAUUGUCUUCAUCACAGAAUCUUAAACUCCAAGUUACCUAAGUACCCAAAAGUUCAACAACAAAUUUUGUAGUCUUUUAAAUAGAUUCAUGACUGUACAGUCCAGCUACUGUUAUUUUUUGUGGGGGGUUAAUCUCUGUUUUGUUUUGUAGUGCACAGAAUGUGCCAAUGGUAUGAUGCACACUGUUUGUUUUUUGGACGAUUUAUGAACUUUUUUCAGCCCAAAAAACGAGUUUCCAGAACAAGGUAUAUUAUCCUCUUGCUGUUACUGUCAGUGCUGAAUCUUCCUUUGCCUCUCAUUCACAUUGAUAAACCAAGGAAAGACUUUCAACCACAUUUAUGAUUUCUGACGUUUGAUGAAAAAACUCCUUUGCAGUAAAAAAAAAUCCCUUCUAUCCAAACAUCUUUUCCCUCCAAAAUCCUCAUGUAAUCUUACAACAUCCCAAGUCCACCACUUUAUUUGUAUUGCAUCAGACUGUCUCCUAGCCCUAGUCCACUCUGAUUUCACUUUUACCAAACUGAAUAAAUACUGAAGCCAUGCCCAUAAAAGUUUGCUUUCACCUGACGGAUUUAGAAAAGUUUAGCUUAAAUCCAAAAUCACUUUUCAGUAUCCUAGUCUUUCCCUGUUUCCUUGGCAACUGGCUGAAUAUAUCAAACACCGAGGCCUUGGCAAGGGACAUCAUCUUUUAUAUUUAACCUUUUUUUUAUGGAGAGUAGCUUUUCUAUCUUUUACGAUUAUUCAGUUGCAUACAUCUACAUGUAGUUGCAAUCCAGUCAGGCACAGAAGGCAUCGUAAGUCAAAUCACAUGUGCAAGUCAAAAGUAACAAAGGAUGAAUAAUCACAAAUUUAUUUGAAAAGCUUGUGACUUAAGAAGGGAUGAAUUGUGAUGACGCCAUUACAACACUGUACAGUAGUUGCAUGCAUCAUGUAAAUACUUGACGCUUGUGCUAACCAGUUUGUCUAUAUUACUGACCUUUGACCCAAAACAAUGACCUCUGACCCAAAGCAGGAAGAGAUCUGUCAGAAUAAAAAGUCACUUGAUUUUAAUUCAAAACAGUGAAUUAAAAAUCAGUUGUAUAGGAUUUGUUUGUCACUUUGAGCUUGAGAAUUGAAAAUUUACAGAACAGAUAAGUUUUAAAAUUUUCCUACAUUAUUAUGCUUUUCAACGACAAAAAGCAUUUAUGAAUGGGAAUAAGUGUGAUGACUCAGUCAGUCUUAACGGCUGUUAAAAACCUUGCAGGGUCGUGGCCAUGAUGAAUUGCAGGUCACAGGUCAUGCAAAAUCUAUCCAACCAGAGCAUGAAUUCAUCAGCAUAUCCCAGCGUCCUGUUUGCAGGGGGGAGGGGGUACGAGCAAAAUGCACAAGUUGAUUGUUUUCUUUGAAAGUUUUUGUGGGACUUGGUCGAUUAUUUGAGCCUAUAUUUAAAACGUCUUCCUUUUGUACAUUGAUGCACGAAUACUACUCAAAUAAAUGCACUUGUCUCCCUCAAAAAAAGAGGUUAAUUUUUUGACAAAGUCUGUGUACUAAAUACGAGGGUUCAUAAAUGGAUCAGUUAAAAAAAAUAAUGAACAAAAUCAUUGCAUUCCCAGAACGUAAUGAACAUACAGAUUGUACAUUAAUAUAUAAAAGAAAGUAAUUUCAAACAUUCUAAACAGCAUAUUCCAGAAAUUAACUUGUAUCAACUUGCCUGCCUUAAUUUUAAAAAAAGGUCCUUUAAAUUUUUAAUUUAUGUUUCAAUUAGUGAAAAAAAAAAAAGUGCGCUGAUAACGGAUACGUUUUGAAAACCUGACAGAGUGGGGUUUGUGCCUUUGUAUCAAAGUUAUUUUAAUUUUAUUUUUGUGCUAAUUUUUUUUUUUUUUAUAAAAUUAUGCUCAUUUUAGGGACCAGUGUCAUACAGGUAGAAACGAUUACCAGAAACUUUGUUGGCACUAGAAAAAUUGCUUAAGAAACAAGAGGUUGAAUAUUUCAAGUAUUUUACGAGCUCAAUUAACGUUAAUGAAACUUUUUGGACACAAUCGGAGACAGAAAUUUUGUUUGGAUUAACUGUUGUGUAUUUCAUAGAUAUCUUUAAAAAAAACCUAGACCUAACACUCCUAUGCUUUAAUGUUGUACGUUUCUGGCCACAAAAUGUUGUGUUCUGUUAUGUAAACGUCAAACUUUUAUUUAAAUAACAUGCAUCGUUUGACAUUGUUUGACAGCCUUCUUGCGCAUUCAUGUGCCCACGAUCAGUGUUCAAUGUUAUGGUCAGAAAAUAAAGGGGUACUUCGGGUCUAGGUUUUUUUUUUUAGGUGUCUUAAGUGCAUACACCAAAAAGUGCCCUCCGCUUGCGGCCGCCAUUUUUUUUCAACACAUGGUGCAAGGUUGGAAAGCCUUUUUUAAUGGUCUCUAAUUUUUUUUCUUUUGAAAUUUGUUGACUAUUAGUAUGUGACAAGCAAAGCCCUAUGUAAAUAUUAUAAUUGAUUAAUGUA